GCAAAGGGGAGCGCGAGGAGGAAAAAUCCGGGAUCAGGGCAAGUUUGAUGGCGCAUGCGCGCUGCUGCCUCCAUCCCAAACACACACACAUUUCCCUUGACUUGGAAAGUCAACCAAAGCAGCCCCAAGUGCAGGGAAAAGAGACUUCACCAAGUGAAGGGAGGCCAUCUAAUUCACCCUGUCUUCACCUGAGACCACCUCCAAAACAAAGAACCUGACUUCUGUCCUGGCUUUGUACACUGGAAUGGACCUUGAAGCCUGUGACUUCUCAAUGCAAGAAUGAAGUGAAUUUAGAGCUAAAAACGAGGCAAGAAACGAGGCCUUGAAAUCUCCGAAAGGUAGGAGAGACUUCAGACUGCAAUGGGCAGUUACUGGCAUUGCUGUAGAGACAUCCUGAACGACGUGUUGGAAAAGGAAGUGCACAGGACAGUCUUUCUGCAUUGUGAACAUGUUUGAGACCCCCAUGCAAAGCUGUGCUCUGUUCUGACUCCAAGUCUCCUCAGACAUGGCCGAGGAAAAUGCACCUGAAAGAACUAUAUGCACUGACGCAGCCUCAGGAAAACCCGCAAUGGCUGCCAAGCGCAAAGGCGGCCUGAAGCUAAAUGCCAUCUGUGCCAAGCUGAGCCGCCAAGUCGUCUUCGACCACGGGGGAGCUGAGCAGGCACGUGCGGACAAGGGGCCACAGCAGGAGAGCAGCAACAAGGACCUGCCCCAGCCUGGGACCAAAGAGCUGGGGACAGAGUUUUCAGAUGGACUCAGCUGCGUGCAGAAGAUCGAGGAGGACAAAAGGAGGGAGGUGAUCGAGAAGUGGGUGAAUGGGGAGUACAAUGAGGAGCCCUUGCUGGGGCGAGCAGAGGGCAAGGAGUGCAAGGGCACCGAGAGCACAGAGGUGCCCCCUGAAGGGGUUUACAUGGUGCAGCCCAAGGGCUGCAGCGACGAGGAAGAUAACGGGGACGAGGCAGACGCUCUGAGGGGCUCACAGGAUGGCACCUUCUUGGACGACAGGGAUUCAGAUGGGCCAGCAAAGGACGAUGCCUACCGGUCCUCCAGUGGCGAACCAGGCUCCAAGCUGGGCGCAGGAACCACCUCAGGGGAAGCUUCAUCACUGCGGGAUUACGCCGCCACCACCAUGAACGAGUUCCUGGGCAUGUUCGGCUACGACGACCAGAACAUGCGCGAUGAGCUGGCCCGCAAGAUCAGCUUCGACAAGCUGAACGCUGCUACCUCAGAGGCCACGGCGGCUGCUGCCUCCCUCCCCGGCGAAGAUGCCAUGAGCAAGCGAGCCCGCUUCUCCAAGUACGAGGAGUACAUCCGCAAGCUGAAAGCUGGAGAGCAGCUCUCGUGGCCCCUGCACCUGGCCAAAUCUGAGGAGCUGGGCUCCAAGCUGGGGAAAGAGCCGUCCUCGGUGCUGGCACAGCCCAUUCGCGUGCCAGGUCCAGACGCCUCCAUGCUGACGGAGACCAAAGCCACUAUCCUGCCACUGCCCUCUCCCAGCAGUUCCCAGAUGCAGGGCCUGAUGUCACGGGCCUCCAAAUAUGACUUCUUCAUUCAAAAGCUGAAGACGGGUGAGAGCAUCAGGCCCCAAAAUGGCAACACUUACAAGAAGGCCUCCAAGUAUGACCUAGAAAAUGUCAAGUACUUGCACCUUUUCAAGCCUGGGGAAGGAAGCCCAGAUAUGGGAGGAGCCAUCGCCUUCAAGACAGGCAAGGUAGGCCGGCCUUCCAAGUAUGAUGUGAGGAACAUUCAGAAGCUCACUCCAGUAAAAGCUCCAGUCCCCAGCCUGGCCCCUGCUUCCCUCACCAGUACCCCCAGCAGCACUCCUGUGGCCGGGCCAGAGCAGUCCAUCUCAUUGCCAUUCAACACUCCUGAGUACCUGAAAUCAACUUUCUCCAAGACAGACUCCAUCACAACUGGAACAGUCUCCACAGUAAAGAAUGGAUUACCCACUGACAAACCAGCCGUCAGCGAAGAUGUAAAUAUUUACCAGAAGUAUAUUGCCAGGUUCUCUGGCAGUCAGCACUGUGGACACAUACACUGCGCCUACCAGUACAGAGAGCAUUACCACUGCCUCGACCCCGAGUGCAACUACCAGAGAUUCACCAGUAAACAGGAUGUGAUUCGGCAUUACAACAUGCACAAGAAACGUGAUAACUCCCUGCAGCAUGGCUUCAUGCGCUUCAGCCCCCUGGACGACUGCAGCGUGUACUACCACGGCUGCCACCUCAACGGGAAGAGCACUCACUACCACUGCAUGCAGGUGGGCUGUAACAAGGUCUAUACAAGCACCUCUGAUGUGAUGACCCACGAGAACUUUCACAAGAAGAACACGCAGCUCAUCAACGACGGGUUCCAGCGGUUCCGUGCCACGGAGGACUGCGGCACCGUGGAAUGCCAGUUCUACGGGCAGAAAACCACUCACUUCCAUUGCAGGAGACCCGGGUGUACAUUCACCUUCAAGAACAAGUGUGACAUUGAGAAGCACAAGAGCUACCACAUCAAAGAUGAUGCCUAUGCCAAGGAUGGCUUCAAGAAGUUCUACAAAUACGAGGAAUGCAAGUAUGAGGGCUGUGUCUACAGCAAGGCCACCAACCACUUCCACUGCAUAAGGGCAGGCUGUGGUUUCACCUUCACCUCCACCAGCCAGAUGACUUCCCAUAAACGCAAACACGAGCGCCGGCACAUCCGGAGCUCAGGAGUGCUGGGCCUGCCUGCCUCACUCCUGGGCCCCAAGGAUAAUGAGCAAGAGGAGUCCAGUAACGAUGACCUCAUUGACUUCUCCGCCAUGAGCUCCAAGAACUCCAGCCUGAGUGCCUCCCCGACCAGUCAGCAGUCUUCCGUUUCUCUCAUCGUCCCAGCUGCGCCCUCCUCUGCGGCUGAGCUUGCUUCCUCACAGGCCGCCAAGUCUGCCAACAGCAUGACACCAGCCACAAAGAUCUCUGGCCUGCUUUCCCAGGCUCUUCCUAGCAAUAUACCCUUGGCCCUGGCACUCUCCAACUCAGCACUUCCUGGAACAGCUGGAUCCUUCUUCCCCAUCAUCCCCAGUCGGGUCUCUACACCACUUCCUGCCACCUCGGCUAAUCUGAUGACUGCUGGUUCUUCUGGCACCAAUCCAGCAUCAUCUGCUCCUACAGAUUCCUCAUCCCAGGCAGUUUCAGGAUCUGGUGAGCCAGUGGCUACUUCUUCUCCUGCUCCAGCAGCCUCUAUAAUGGAAAGGAUCUCUGCUAGCAAGGGAUUAAUCUCUCCUAUGAUGGCCAGGCUGGCAGCAGCUGCACUCAAGCCCUCUGUGGCACUUGAAGCAGGUAAUGGACAACCAGCCCCUCCCGGACGGUUCAAUCCAGUGCAGGUGAAGCAGGAACCUGUGGAGGCCGUGGGACCGACAUCGGCCCCCAGUCAGGACCCCUUGCAGGAGCACAGCUUGGACCUGAGUGUCAAGGACCACGGUAAUGAAUCAAAUGGCCACACAGUCUCAGCAAAUUCAUCUCUUUUAUCCUCGCUUAUGAAUAAGAUGUCCAAGACCAGUGCCAGCCUUGGCAACCUGCUGAACAUUAAGACAGAAGGUGAAGGCAGCCAGGCUGGGGCUGGGGAGCCAAGCCAGUACUUGGGCAAGGCAGUGAAGGCACUUGUCCAGGAGAAGCUCUCUGAGCCAUGGAAGAUGUACCUGCGCCGGUUUGGCACCAAGGAUUUCUGUGAUGCCCAGUGUGACUUCCUCCAUAAGGUGCAUUUCCACUGUGUGGUGGAGGAAUGUGGAGCCCUCUUCAGCACCCUGGAUGGAGCCAUCAAGCAUGCCAAUUUUCACUUCCGAACUGAAGGUGGAACUGUGAAAAGCAACUCUGAGUCUCCCUUCUCAACUGCUACUGAGAAUAAGGCUUCACUGGCCCCUUCAUCACCAUCUGCUGCUUCUGCCACCAUGGCCAGUGCUCCUGCCCUUGACGUGCCCACUCCAAACCCAGCUGCUAUGCCCUCUGCUCCCACACUACUUGCUUGGAAGCAGCUGGCUUCAACCAUACCCCAGAUGCCUCAGAUCCCAGCAUCAGUGCCUAACCUGGCAGCUUCACCCUUGGCAACGACUUCCCUGGAGAAUGCCAAGCCUCAGGUCAAACCUGGAUUUCUUCAGUUCCAGGAGAAUGAUCCCUGCUUGGCAACAGACUGCAAGUACGCCAACAAAUUCCACUUCCACUGUCUCUUUGGGAACUGCAAGUAUGUGUGCAAAACCUCUGGCAAAGCAGAAUCCCACUGCCUGGACCACAUCAACCCCAACAAUAAUCUGGUGAAUGUGCGAGACCAGUUUGCUUACUACUCCCUGCAGUGUCUCUGUCCAAACCAGCACUGUGAAUUCCGGAUGCGAGGGCAUUACCACUGUCUGCGUCCCGGCUGCUACUUCGUGACUAACAUCACCACCAAGCUGCCCUGGCACGUGAAAAAGCAUGAGAAGGCAGAGAGAAGGGCAGCCAACGGCUUCAAGUAUUUUACCAAGCGGGAGGAAUGUGGCAGACUAGGUUGCAAAUACAACCAGGUGAACAGCCACUUCCACUGCAUCCGAGAGGGCUGCCAGUUCUCCUUCCUGCUCAAGCACCAAAUGACAUCCCAUGCCAGGAAGCACAUGAGAAGGAUGCUGGGGAAGAACUUUGAUCGUGUUCCUACUCAGGUUAUUGGCCACACUCCAAGAAAUGAAAAUCUCCCCCAGGUUGGCAGCAUGGCACCCAGCCCAGCCUCAUCAGGAACCCCAGCUUCCUUUCAGGGACCCCCAAGCAUGAUGGACACUGAAACAGAAGAGUACAUGGAUUACACUGGCUGUAGCCCUGGGGGCAUCUCCUCUGAAUCUUCCAACAUGGACCGCAGCUGCUCCAGCACUCCAGUGGGCAAUGAAAGUACAUCAGCAGGCUGCCUGGUUCCUUCUACUGCUACUGCUGCUGCCGAUGACGCAACCCACACUGCACCACAACCUCCACCACCAUCUCUGCCUCCAUCUUUCUCACAAGCCCUGCUUAGGUCUCCCCUCCCCACCCUCCCCUACCUCUUCUCUCCAUCUUGUCUCUCGUACUCCCUGCUCAGUGCCACCCUGGGAGCCAGCAGAGGCAUUGUCAUGCCUGCCGCCAGCACCGCUGGGUUCUCGCCCAUCAUUGCCACUCCAACUCCAGUAAAAAGUGACGUUCCCUUAGUGCAGGAUGCAGCAGGGAACACCAUCACCAUGCCAACUGCCUCGGGGGCCAAAAAGCGUUUCUGGAUUAUUGAGGACAUGUCCCCGUUUGGCAAGCGCCGCAAGACCGCGUCCUCACGCAAGAUGCUGGAUGAAGGGAUGAUGCUGGAGGGAUUUCGGCGCUAUGACCUCUACGAGGACUGCAAGGACUCCAGCUGCCAGUUCUCUCUCAAGGUUACCCACUACCACUGCACACGGGAGAACUGCGGCUACAAGUUCUGUGGCCGUACCCACAUGUACAAGCACGCCCAGCACCACGACCGUGUUGACAACCUAGUAUUGGAUGAUUUCAAACGCUUCAAGUCUUCACUGAGUUGUAACUUCCCAGACUGUCAGUUCUCUGGCAAUAGCACACACUUCCACUGUCUGCGCUGCGGCUUCCGCUGCACUGACAGCACCAAGGUGACGGCGCACCGCAAGCACCACGGCAAGCAGGACGUCAUCAGCGCCGCCGGCUUCUGCCAGUUCAGCUCCAGCGUGGACUGCGAGGUGCCUGACUGCAAGUACAAACUCAAAUGCUCCCACUUCCACUGCACCUACCCCGGCUGCAAGCACACGGUGGUGGGCAUGUCUCAGAUGGACUCUCACAAGCGCAAGCACGAGAAGCAGGAGCGAGGGGAGCUGCCUGCCAUCUCCCCCGGCCCCGAGGGCCUUGCCCACUCCACUCUUGAGUACGAUAUCCAGAACUCUUCCAUCAACCUGGACAGUUCGCUCAACCUCAGCACUGACAACAACAGCUCCCUGUUCUUCCUGCAGAACGCAGCUGGCGUGGGCCUCAAUGACUCCCUGGACCUCAGCAAGAAGCAGGCAGACGUCGCCGAGGGCCCGUCCCCAAGCAGAGCCGGGGCCGCGCCGCCGGAGAGGAGCGCGGGGGCACCGGGCUCCGGGGAUGUGGAGGACGAGGACGACUCUUCCCAAGAGGAUGAAGAGGACGAUGAGGAGGAGAUGAAUGAAGAAGAGGAGGAUGAUGAAGAGGAGGAUGACGAUGAUGAUGAGGAGGACGACGAGGAGGAGGAAGACCUGAACACAGAUUCUGAAGAAUCGCUGCCGGACCCAGAGGGCCUGGCCACUAAAGAAGAUGGAGAACCAGAGGAGGGUGCUUCUUCCACAGACCAUGGCGAUGCUUCCAGGCCUCAGGGCGAGCCAGCCCUCACCCCAGCCCCAGCUCCUGCCCCUGCUCCAGCUCCAGCUGCUGCCUCAGCCUCCACCGUUGCUCCAGCAGCUUCUCCUUAAUCCUAGAGACAGCAGCGGCAGUGGUUUGGUUCUUCUCUUACUCAGAUUUACUAAGAGGACCCCGCAUAAGGCAAGAACAAAGAUGGGGAUGGCAAAUGAAAAACGAACUCUGUGCCACAAAUGAGAGAGAGGAAGGAAGGAAACCCCUGCUCCUCCCCAGGCCCCAGAAGAGAUCGGUGGGCAGCAGGACUGGUGCUGCAUCACUCCAUCCUACAGAUCCCAGAACGGGGGCAGGAUGCAGCAAAAAAUACCCUUUCUAUGGACACGAACCCUGAGGGUACCCACUACUUUUCCUUGCUCCCUGCACGGUGCGUGGGGCCUGUGCCCAUCUGGGGACCCUUUUUUAUGGGUGGGGCUCUAUCCCCCCAAUUUUCUUUCUGGGUUUUAUUUUUCCAUGUUUUCAGUUGUACGAUAAUAAUAAUAAUCUCCACUUCUUGGAGGGGGGUGGGUGGGAACAAGAGGUAAUGAAUUUUAGAAAUAUAUAUUUGUGUGUGUGUCUCUCUAUAUAAUGUACACACACACACACAUAUAUAAAAUUAAAGGAAUUGGUGUCACAAAGACAAGUAGCUCAGCUUUUGCCAGUGGGAAGGAGGGGGUGAGGAGUGUGCUCUCUCUCUCUCUCUCUCUCCACCCUUCCCCCUUCUUUCUCCAGCAUUAAAUGGCAUCAGACAGCCAGGGUGGGAGUGGGUAUUUAUUGUCACAUAAAUGAGGAUGCAUUAAUGAAUGAGCAGGGGUGGGAAUGGGACACUCCUCUGUUCUUCCAGAUCCUUUUUACUGUUAAUGAUAAUAAUUUUGAAUGCUAUUUAUAUUGUAAAACUUUCUCAGUCUACACUUUCUCUGUAGGACACCUCUCCUCAUCCCUGCUGUUGUGAUGUAGGGAUUUAGCUGAAGUAACCUGGGAAGAACACAGCAGGCAGUUCAAAGGGUCUGUCACACUGGAGGACUGGGGUUACUCUGCCAUCCAGGUCCAUCUCAUCCCAACCCCUAGGUGCUUCCUCUCUGCGGAGGUGAGGCGUUUUUGUGGUGCUUCAGUAUCCCCAUCUCAGGAGCUGUGAGCUGCCCCUGCCCCGUGGUGCAGCACGGGGAGCAGCAGUCCCCGUGCAGCCUCGGGACAGCGCCAGCCGUGCCCCAGGCAGUGGCACCGGGACAGUCCCCUCCCCAGCCCUGGUGCCCAGCCCUGCUGCAGGCGCGCCAGGUGUGACAGACACGGAUCUCAGGUGACUCUGGCAGGCUCUGGCUGCCCUGCUCAGCCCUGCUCCGGACCCUGGGCAGGACCUGCCCUGGGACAGGGCUCAGGCAGGGGCUCUGCAGCAGCCUGGGCUUUCCCCUGGCUCCGGGCUCUUCCUGCUCUCUUUCCUGGCCUGGCCUGGGAACACACACUGCAGGACCUGUCCCGGCCUCUGGCAGGUGCCACAGUAGCUGUUUGACCCCAGAUCCUUGCCUGAGCCUGACAGGGCUUGUCUACACACGCCAGGGCACCAGAAGGACUAGUAUGAAUUAAUUCUGAUAGUUAUUUUGGUGCCAGUUUUAAAGUAUACCAGAUUAGUCUGAGCUUUGUCCCUUUUAAAAAAAGAAAAAAAUCUUUUUUUUAUACCAUGCAGGCACCCUCUCCCCUCCUCAGCUCCAUGAGCACUUCAGCUCUAAGGGAUCCCCAGGAUUUGUUUUCACCCUGAACAGAUAAAGGCCUGAAGAAAUUUAGGUUGCUUUUUUUUUUUUUUGUUAUUUCCCUAAGGAACUGGUGCAGAUCAGGUCUGAUUUAUAAACAAGCAGCUCAGCUGUGUAAAUGUGGGGACAGAAUGUUCAGCUAAUGUUUCAAAAGGAAAGGAAAAAAAAAAAGUUGUACAGUAUUUUUCCUGUAAAGGUUAUUACUAUAUAUAGAACAAAAGAGAAACCACCAAUGCCAAGGGGUGGAGGGGGAGGUGUCACCUGCCUUCUGGAUAGCCCUUACAUAUGGUUAAUUGUGUGCAAUUUUUUUUCUCCUUUUUUUUUCUUCUCUCUCUUUUUUUUUUCCCUUUUUUUUUUUUUUUUUUCUCUCUUUCAAUGUAGUGUAUGUUUGUAGGGGUGGCAGGGGAGGGGGGGCCUUAAUGCUGUGGUUUGAGGCUGACUUCACACUCCCAGCACUGACCAGACCUGCACGAUUCCGAACUCUAACUUGAAUUUUGUAGAGAUGAAACAAAUGAAAACAAAUGAAAUAUUAUCACUAGUUUGUAGUUUAUUUAAUUCUUUGGAGUUCUUUUCCUCUAUCAGCUAUUUGUGUGGCUUUUAUUUUUAUAGGGGGUUUUUUUGUUGUUUGUUUGUUUUUGUUUUGUUUGGUAUAUCCCCUACCCUCAGCUGUGUGUUCCCUAGCACAGCCCCAUUCUCGAACAGAAUGAAGCUCACGUUCCUGGGGCAGAGUGAUGGAAUGAUGCCCUGGAAUUUCUCAAAAUGGGAUGGGGCAAAAAGAUUUUACUUCACUAGCAUUUGCUGCAGGUUCUGUACUUGUACAUUUUCCCUGUGUUCAGCUACUUAGAUAGUAUGGUGAUGGGCUCCAGGAGGAAUCCUUAGAUUAACACGAGCCACAUCUUGCAGAGCAGAUGUGAUUAUUCUGUGCCGCCACAAUCAACAGGAUCUCUGUCAGUGACUGUGGAGCAGGGCCGAGCCCUGCUGGGAGCCAGGGGCAGCGCGAGGCCCCCCGGGCCACUCGUGCCACUCGUGUCACUCGUGUCACUCGUGUCACUCGUGUCACUCGUGUCCGUGCCCUAGGACAGUGUCAGCUCUGCCCCGCAGCGGGGACAGCGGCAGCGAGCGGAGCAAGGGCUGGCGGUGCCCAGCCGGGCCCGGGGGCUGAGUGUGCCAGGAGGGCCCACCUUUAUCUAUGCACACCAUUUCCCCCCCAGGCACCCCAGUUCUCCCUGACACCUCAGCCCUUGUCCCAGACCUGUGUCACCUCUUGCCCGGGAGCUGGGGCUGAGCGAGCCCCGGGCUGGCCCUGGAGCCGGCCCGCAGGACAGCGGCCUCCCCGUCCUGCCACUCCAGCGCUGUCUCUGUCUGCAACAACAACGAAAGAAAGUUGAACCCGCUUUUUAUUCUGCCAUGUUCAGGCUUUAAUUCGGCAAAACCCUUAAGCAGAAGAGUCUGAGUGGGCCCGGGUUUAAGCCCGAGCUUAAGUGCUUUUCUGAAGAAGGGCCUCACAGCCCAGACCCCGUCAGAGCAGGUGGUUUGUCAUUCCGAGCUCUCGUAGCAAUGGGACUGUCUAAAGAGUGACCAGAGAAAGAGAGGGAGAUUCAACUGGCUCUAUAAGAAGAGGAAAGAGGAGAGAGGAAAUGGAACUGUUUUGUCCAAAACAAGAUAAAAACCAAACAAUAAUAAACCUUGAGAUGGACCCUCCUGAUUCUGCUACCAUUCACUGCUGAAGAGCAAAAAAAUUAAAUAAAAACUAUUGACUAGAUUGUUUGUUCUAGCCACAAACUCAACUGGAUUAAAGUCUGCGUGGAAGGAAUUUUAUAAAGAAAAAAAAAUUUAAAAAAAAAUUUUCCAAUGUAGCAAAAAAAAACAACUUUAAAAAACAAAAAUUAAAAAAAAAGACAAUGAGGGAGGAUUCUAGCCUUUUGUAAUAUCCAUAUUGCACACUAGGACUAUAAGCCAUUGCUAGCUCAUUUUGAAUUUUAAAUGUGUAAUUUUAUUUUGUUUUGUUGUUGUUUUUUUUCUUUCCAUGGGGGAGGGGGGAAGAUAAAUGCUUGAACCACCAAUGCUCUUUUUAAUGUUUUAUAAAUAUGUAUGUGUAUAUAUAUAAAUAUAAAAAUAAUAUGUAUGCACAUAUAUAUGUGUGUGUGUAUAUAUCUAUAUGUAUAUACAUAUAUAUAGAUAUAUAGAUAUAUAUAUAGGUUUUGAGACAAAAAUGCAGAAAGUGAAAAAAAACACCCUAAACAGGAUGGUGUGCUCUGAUUUACUUGAAUCUGGUCUCUUCAGCACCUGCGUUAUUAAGAACUGAAUAUUUUUCCACUUGAAUUUAGUGCUAUUAGAAAUUUAAUAUAUGUGUUUUAUUUAUUUGAUUUUUUUUUUUUUUUUGCAUGACUGAUGCAAGGUUUGACAUUUUCACUCAAUAAAAACUGGAAAAAAAAC